CCCGGCUUAUCCCUUCGAAAAUUUCCUACCAAAAAUUCCAUGGCGAAAUCGGAGAAUUCGAAAUCCAAUUCGCUUACCUACGUGUCCUAUGCCAAGAUUCAUCCAUCUAAUGAUGCCGAUGUCGAUUCCAAUUCCUACUCGCUCGAGAAAUUUAAGCUCUACGAGACGAGAGCGAGGUUUUAUCUAAUUGGGAGUGAUAGAAACAAGAGAUUUUUCCGAGUUUUGAAGAUUGAUCGAUCAGAGCAAUCUGAUCUCAAUAUUAGUGAAGAUCCAGUGGUUUAUUCACCGCAGGAGAUGAACAACUUGCUUCAAAGGAUUGCUGAAGGCAAUCGCGCCACCGGUGGCUUGACCUCUGUUGUAAAAGCUUAUGGGAUUGCAGGUUGCAUUAAGUUUCUGGAGUCAUACUACUUGAUCUUGGUUACAAAGAGGCGUCAAAUUGGUUACAUAUGUGGUCAUGCAAUAUAUGGCAUUGAUGAGACCCAAUUGAUUACCAUUCCACACCUCACUGUGCAAUCUGAUGUGGCACAUUCCAAAACUGAGCUGAGGUACAGAAAGUUGCUAUCCAGUGUGGAUUUGACCAAAGAUUUUUUCUACAGUUAUACAUAUCCUAUAAUGCAGAGUUUGCAAAGAAAUGUAUUGUCCACAGGGGAAGAAGGGAUGCCAUAUAAUAAUAUAUUUGUUUGGAAUGCAUAUUUAACUCAAGCUAUUCGAUUGAAAUGUUCUAACACUCUCUGGACAAUAGCAUUAGUUCAUGGGCAUUUUAAACAGACCAGGCUAUCAAUCUAUGGGAGAGAUUUCAGUGUUACUCUAGUUUCAAGACGUUCUCGGCAUUUUGCUGGGACACGUUACUUGAAAAGGGGUGUGAAUGAUCGAGGAAGGGUUGCAAAUGAUGUUGAAACUGAGCAAAUUGUCCUUGAAGAAGAGGCUGGUUCAUGUAGGGGAAAAAUGAGUUCUGUUGUGCAGAUGCGUGGGUCGAUCCCCCUUUUCUGGUCACAAGAGGCUUCAAGAUUUAGUCCUAAACCUGAUAUAAUCUUACAGCGGUAUGAUCCCACCUAUGAGGCAACCAAAUUGCAUUUUGAAGACCUGGCAAAGAGAUACGGCAAUCCAAUAAUUGUGCUUAAUCUAAUUAAGCAAGUUGAAAAAAGGCCUAGAGAAAUGGUGUUGAGGCGUGAGUUUGCACAUGCAGUUGGAUAUUUGAAUACAAUUCUCUCUGAAGAAAACCAUCUUAAAUUUAUUCACUGGGACUUUCACAAGUUUGCAAAGAGCAAGUCUGCCAAUGUUUUGGCUGUUUUGGGUGGUGUGGCUAGUGAAGCUCUUGAAUUGACUGGUUUUUACUGUAGUGGUAAACCCAACAAUGUUAAGAAGAGAGCCAACAAACUCACUCGAGCAAGUACUGGCAGGGAAGCUCCUCUGAGAGAUCUAAGAGUUAGCUCAGGGGAUCAUCUCACCCGCACUGGGAACAGUGAUGAGACAGUAAAUUCAGUAACCAAUCAAGAUAGAGAAGCUGAUUUCAGUCAGCAAAAUAAAAAGGAUAAUCAUGAUGGUGAAGCUGCACGGUUUCAAAGUGGUGUUCUGCGCACUAACUGUAUUGACUGCUUGGAUCGUACAAAUGUGGCUCAGUAUGCUUAUGGCUUGGCAGCCUUAGGCCGCCAGCUUCAUGCAAUGGGUUUGACAGACAAUCCUAAAGUGGACCCCGAUAGUAGCAUUGCUGCAGCUCUCAUGGACAUGUAUCAGAGCAUGGGAGAUGCUCUUGCACAGCAAUAUGGAGGCUCUGCUGCACACAAUACUGUCUUUCCAGAGAGACAGGGGAAGUGGAAAGCUACUACUCAGUCUGGAGAAUUUUUUAAAUAUCUCAAGCGAUAUUACAGUAAUACCUGUACUGAUGGUGGAAAGCAAGAUGCAAUAAACCUAUUUUUGGGUUACUUCAAACCACAGGAAGGUAAACCUGCUCUCUGGGAGUUGGAUUCUGAUUAUUAUCUUCAUGUCUCUGGGAUUGGUGAUGAACUUUUUCCUGAUAACUGUUUAAAGGAUGAUAAUAAGCCUGUGGGAAUAGUUGGAAAUAGCCUUGCUCCUAUUCCAGCUUGCCGAGAAGAUUUUUCACGGAUGAAAUUGACAUCAUUUGAUAAAUUGUUAGAGAGAACAUGUAGUACAAUAAAGGAUGUUAGACUGUGCAGUGAACCAGAUGAUAGACCAGGGGGUCCAACUGGAAAUUCUGGUGUGGCACCAGAUGCAGCUGAAAUACAGCUCAAAAGCCCGAAUUGGCUCUUUGGCCAGAGAAAAUUCGAAGAAAGUGUCUCUGAUUCCAAAGUCUCUGCAUGUGAAAUGACAAGCAGAGGACAUAGUAGUGCGAUCAAAGUUGACGAUUUCUGUGGCUUCAAUUGGCCUUCUUCAUACAGUGAUAUUGAUGAGCAGAAUCUCUUCCAGAAGUACCUCUCAAUGACUUCUGUUGAAGAAGGCAAUGGUUGGUAUGGUGGCACACUUGUCGGUGAUCAAGAUGAAAGCAGUGAGAUAUUCAAGCAUUACCAUGAAUUAUGUCAGGGGGCAGUGAUGGAACCCUUCCAAGAUGAUUUUGAGAGAGAGAAGCACUAUGCUGAGAUACUACGCAUGAACAUGGUUGACGUUUGGGAGGAUGCUGCAGUCGAAGCAGAGAUGACAGCAGCUCUGAAGGAAUAUGAACACAUCGGUGCUGACCUUGGAAUCAUUCCUAUGUCAUGCAAGUCAUUUGGAGAUCCAUGCCAGUUGACCAGGUGGAUCGUUGGUGAGGACAAGCUGCAAAGGAUAUGAGAGAUGUCCUGCCACGAAGCAUAUAUAUAUAUAUAUAUACAUACAUACAAAUACCGAUUAAUUUGAUCGUAAUAUAAACAGAGUAUGGGGUGAUGUGGGAAUCUUUAUAUUGUUGUCAUUAUAAAUAUUUUCUGAAGGUUUUUGUCACAAGAAUUGAGAAGAACUCUUUUUACAAAUCGGUGCAAUGAGUUUUCCUCCAUUUUACUCUAAUCUUCGAUGUCAGUCCCUGAGGAUUGUUCUAUGCUGCACCACCUAAUACAGGAAAUAACAAUCC